UUUUAUUUGGAGCUAAAGCAGCGGCGGGAAUAGCAGCUGGUCCGGGCUCUCUGCUGGGCACAUUCCAUUAUCCGGGGGCCACUAAUGGAGCAGGAGGCUUUAAAAGGACACAGGUAUUGGGAACACAGUGGCUCUGCUGGCAAGCGCUCCAACAAUGGGAUUCUUUUAUUGGUAGCAUUUAGUCACAGAGGCGCCCAGCUGCCUGCUAGUCUGUGUGCAUGUACAGGUAGGAGGCACAUCUACUCGCACACAUGCAUGCAAACAGAUAUCUCUAGCUGUCUAUAUACACGUACACACGGCUGUCUGUGCAUGUGUGGCUGAAUGGAUAGAUACCCAUAGCAUUGCUUGCACGGAGAAUAACAAGCCCUGUUGUUUGUUAUGUUUUAGCAGGAUGCCAUGAGACUGACUAGGAGGCUGCCUUUGCGCUUUUGCUCGUUGCCUUGCCCAUGUUGGGGAUCGUCUGACCCGAGCAAUGGGAGAUCUGGAGUCGGGCUAUGAAGUGGUGGAUGGAGUGAAGCUCGGCUACCUGGUCAUUAAGGGGAAGCAGAUGUUCGCCCUGUCCCAGGUCUUCACCGAUCUGCUGAAGAAUAUCCCCCGGACCACGGUGCACAAGCGCAUGGAUCACUUGCGAGUGAAGAAGCACCAGUGCGAUGUGGAGGAGCUGCGCAAACUCAAGGCGAUCAACUCCAUCGCUUUCCAUGCGGCCAAGUGCACUCUGAUCUCCCGGGAGGACGUGGAAGCGCUGUACACCUCCUGCAAGACUGAGAGGGUCCUUAAAACAAAAAGGAGGAGGCUGAGCAGGGCCCUGGCAACAAAGGACUUGAGAGAGGAGCCCCCAUCCCCCGACCCUUACUGCAGCUUUUGGAAGGAGGACAAACUUUGGCUCGGAUUGAAUGAAUCGGCCCAGCCAAUAAAGAGAAAACGAUUCGGCGCCGCCGCCGUUGAGCCUGACGCGCUACCGGCGACUGAUCUACCUCGUUUUUUUAGUAAAUACACUGGCCACAGCUACCCCGGAAUAGCCAGGAUCCCUGGCAAAAGCCCCCUAAACUAUGAAACUGCCCCAAUCCCAGGAGACUGUGUAGCUGCCUUUCACUCCAGCCUGCCCUAUCUCAGGGGCGUGCUGUGCAGCAAGCACCCAGCCUACUACUACCAUUCCGCCAUUGCCCAGCCCAAGCUCGCCUGCCCCACCACUUACAGGCACAGGAGGAAACGCUCGUCGGCUGACGCUAGAAAACUCCUGCUUCUGCCCAAGUCCUACAGAUCCAAGGGGACCCCGGUGUGCCUGGAGCGCAUCCACCUCAUCCAUGGCUUCUGCAGCCAGCACUUGGGCACCCUGCCGCCGGAGAGCAGCGACUCCGACUCCAGCUGUUACUCGGAGCUCGCUGCCAACGAUUCGGACUUCGGCUCCAGCCUCUCCAGCAGCAGCAACUCCGGUUCCUCUGACGAGGAGGAGGAGGAUGAAGAGGAGGGCAGCCUGUCCGAGUCCAGCGAGCUCAGCUCAGAGGAGGAGAGCACUUCGGACUCGGACAGCAGCUCUGCCUCCAGCCAGGUCUCGGUAGAGAGCAUUCGCUUCCGCAGAACCAGCUUCUCCAGCCCGGCUGCUAAGUCGCCCCUGGCCCCCCCUAACCCCCUCUCCCAUUUCCCCAGGUCCCCCAGCCCCGGUGCUGCCAGCAGGUUUGGGGAGAGCAAGGCAGCUCAAUGUGAAAUUAAAUCCGAAUCCCAGGAAGAGUGGUGCCAGCAGGGCUGGGGGGCCCCUGCCCCCUCUGCGUCUUGUCCUUCUGGCCUUGCAGAGAUAAGGAGCGAUAGGGCCUGCGGGGCCCCCCUGUCUCUCUCUGGGUUUCCUUCUAAUGCAAAGAGAACUGACCUAGCCAUUAACUGUGUUACACAGGGGGGCCCUUCACCUAGCCCAGAAAA